AUGUCCAAAUCCCUUGUAUUUAAAAUUUUCGAUGCCAUUCUUUAUUUGGGUGCCUCAUUGACUGCCGCCAAUACGGAAAAUGGAUACCUUCUCCACUUUUCUAUGGCUGCUGGUGGCUCUGUCGGUCACAAUAAAGAGAAGGAGCAGAAGACUAGAGGCAGGAGAGUCGCUUCGUGGGAAUGGAUUCUCGAGGAUGUCGUCAUCAACACAGGGCCUCACUAUAGCCUGUUGCACAUGGCGCCUGCAAAUGACGAUCAACUCAUCAAGUCCUAUGAAAUAGUAAUUAAAAAAGUCUACAAUUUCUUGUCCGCCCCACCUGUCCCAACCCUCACUUUUUUUUGUGCUACUUCGCCGGUGCACCAGAACUGUGGUGCAUACUCUCAGCCCGUCUUGAGCAACUCAAGCGUGGCAAAGAACCCCUCACCGGAAUGGCAUAUGUUUCCUGAACUCAAUCGGAUUGCAAAGAAGUUUUUUGCAGACCAGAACUCAACGACAACACGAUACCUUGAUAUUUGGCCAUUGUCGGUUCAGAGACCUGACGCUCACACGGGUUGGCAUAAAGAUCAGUUGCAUUGUCUUCAUGUGGGCACUCUUGUUGUGCUGCGACUAUGGCGGUCUGUUUGGUGCGCGCAAAUGUUGAUUGUGCGCAGAAAAGUCGAUAUAAAUUACUGGUUCCCUUGUGCGGAUUCUUUGGUUUCCUACCAUUUUAGGAAUGCCAUGGUGCUGUGGUUGGUGAGAUAUAGAGUCAGCUCCCCUCUCCAAACCAUUGGUUGGGCUUUCUCCCUGGCACCAUUGAAAGCCCUCAGGAAGUGUACUUGGGAGAUGUUUUGA